CCGCCUCUCUCCUUUUUCUCCAUUUGAACUGCUUUCUAUACUUUCUCAGAUUCAUCUCUCGAUUGAAAUCUCCGUUCUUGAAAACCGACACCGAUGGCGACCGCUAUGGUGGAAGAUUCGACCUUUGAAGAAGACCAGUUGGCUUCCAUGACCACCGAUGAUAUCGUCCGAGCUUCCCGUCUUCUUGAUAAUGAGAUUCGAAUUCUCAAGGAUGAGAUGCGAAGGACAAAUCUCGAGUUGGAUUCAUACAAGGAAAAGAUUAAGGAGAAUCAAGAGAAGAUUAAGCUUAACAAACAGCUGCCUUACUUGGUCGGCAACAUUGUUGAGAUAUUGGAGAUGAAUCCUGAAGAUGAGGCAGAGGAGGAUGGUGCCAACAUUGAUUUAGACUCGCAAAGAAAGGGCAAAUGUGUUGUGCUGAAAACUUCUACUCGUCAGACCAUCUUUCUACCCGUGGUUGGACUUGUUGACCCUGAUAAAUUGAAACCUGGUGAUUUGGUUGGGGUCAACAAAGACAGCUACUUGAUAUUGGAUACUUUACCAUCUGAGUAUGACUCCAGAGUAAAGGCUAUGGAGGUUGAUGAGAAGCCAACUGAGGAUUACAAUGAUAUUGGUGGCUUGGAGAAGCAGAUCCAAGAACUAGUUGAGGCCAUUGUGUUGCCCAUGACUCAUAAAGAACGAUUUCAAAAGCUAGGCAUUCGCCCACCUAAGGGAGUGCUCUUAUACGGACCUCCUGGAACUGGAAAAACACUGAUGGCUCGUGCUUGUGCGGCACAGACCAAUGCUACGUUUCUGAAGCUAGCAGGCCCCCAACUGGUUCAGAUGUUUAUUGGAGAUGGUGCAAAACUUGUACGUGAUGCUUUUCAGCUUGCAAAAGAAAAAUCUCCUUGCAUCAUUUUUAUUGAUGAAAUUGAUGCAAUUGGCACAAAGCGUUUUGAUAGUGAGGUGAGUGGAGAUAGGGAGGUUCAACGGACAAUGUUGGAACUGCUCAACCAGCUUGAUGGCUUCAGCAGUGAUGAACGCAUUAAGGUCAUAGCAGCAACUAACCGAGCUGAUAUUCUUGAUCCUGCUCUGAUGCGUUCUGGUCGACUGGAUCGUAAAAUUGAGUUCCCACAUCCCACUGAAGAAGCAAGAGCUCGAAUCCUUCAGAUCCACUCAAGGAAGAUGAAUGUCCAUCCAGAUGUGAAUUUCGAGGAGCUUGCUCGGUCGACAGAUGAUUUCAAUGGAGCACAACUGAAAGCUGUUUGUGUUGAGGCCGGCAUGCUAGCUCUUCGCCGUGAUGCAACUGAGGUCAACCAUGAAGAUUUCAAUGAAGGUAUCGUUCAGGUACAAGCAAAGAAGAAGGCGAGCCUAAAUUACUACGCUUAAUCAGACAGAGACAACAUUUCGCUGGGAGACAUGGCAUCAUGCUGUUGGGGAAUAUGUCCAAUUAUAUCGUCUUAGGUUUGCAGUUUGCUGUUAUAUUUGAAGACUGCCAUGCUUUUGUACACUAGUUUUUUGGGGAAAAAAAUACUUAAAUCAUCAUUGAAAAGGAUGGCUGCAUAUGUACUACAAUUACACAACCAAUCAGCAAUGGCAAGAUUCAAGCCCGGAUGGAACGAUAACAAGUUUAAGAUUUCAUUAGUUUUAUCAAACUUACCUUUAAAAAAGGUUUAAAUAUACAAAAGGUGUCCAAUUUAUGUC